AUGGCUUCAGUCGAAACCCAACUGGGGCCCCAAACUGUCGAUACUGCAUCGACCACUAUGGCUCCAACUCCAUUGAGCUCGAGUCGAGAUGGAGAAAGUGCCGGUGGCAAUGGCGGCAACAUCGAGUCAACUACACAAGAUAAUGACAGAUUUGCCGACGAAAUCGAGAACCUCAAGAAGAUGAUCCAGCAACUGGAACGGAAACAAAAAGGCGCCGCACCAGUUGAUGCUGAGCAGGAAGCAGAAGCAGCAAAGAGAAGAGCAUAUCGAGAGAACUACAAACGCAUGGAAGACUGCCUCUAUCAGCACCGGAAAGACUGGGAGCUCAACGACAGAUCCGAGUGGUGGAACAUGUGGUCCAACAACGAUUAUUUCCAGGACGGCAGAAACUACCGCUAUUGGAACUUGACCUACUCGAAUGAGUAUGCACGACCAGAUCCCUUUGACCCCGAACACAAUUGCAACACUACAGCUGAUGCCAAAUCUGGCGCGCAUGUGGAAUUUGACCGCGAGAUUGACUAUGGCCACCGCCGUGAGCGGCUUCGGAAGAACUUUGAGUGGGACAUGGACCGUCUCUACCUGGCUGAAGAGGCCGAAAAAAGGAGAAGAGAGAAAGAAAGGGAAGCGGAAGACGAAAAGCCCGAGCAGGAGGAGAAUACUGAGGAAGUGCUUGAUCCCGUCAAAACCUCACCGUCGAGCUUGACCAUACCCAAGCAGAACCGGGUAAGGUGGCCCGCGUUCAAGGCUCUGCACUCUGUGGACGAGGAGAAAGCACACGUCCUCGAUAUUCUCAUAGGCGAGCCUACUAUUGAUGAAGAUAUCAGGCAGUAUCGGUGGUAUGGGCACUCUGGCCAGCGGCGCCGCAAGGUCGAGAAUCUUCGGGAUCGCAAGGCGCAAGAGACAAAUGAGGCAGGACUGGCACCGCUUCCAGAGAGGAUUCGCAUUCAUUCAUCAAUUCUUCGCUACAUACUCGCGGAGAUCCUGGGAUCUCUGGCGGACGGUUCCUUGGCCGACAUGAAUAUCUCCUCUGUCGUCUUCAUCCGGCCGUUCAAGGCCAUCUUCUACUGUAGGGGGGCGUUGCACGAUUGGUACACUGCACUCGAGAAGAAGUUGAAGUCUGAGUCCGAGGCAGAGAAGAAUACUCUGGCUGUCACACAGGGGCCACAAACUGAAGCGAACCCUGACACCCAUGCACCGGGUGAUGAUCCAGAACCGGCGGCACUGGCCGAAAAAGGCCCAGCAGUUGAGGGCCUAUCCGAGGAGCAGUCUACAGACGUUCAGCCUGUGGAGGCCGCUCAAGACAACGUCAACGAUGGUGUCAAAGCCGACGGUGAGAGGGAAGAAGAGGACGCCGAAGAAAGUGAAGGAGAGGAGGAAGAAGAUAAGGAGAAGGGGAGUACCGACACCACAAAGUCUCCGACUGCACUGCUUCAUCUACGAUGCCUCCUAGACUUUAUAGACUCUGACAUCUCCAAGAGGCUGGAAUAUCUUCACGGGCCUCAAUGCCGCAAGAUCGUCUUCUCGGACCUCUGGUACCUAUUCCGCCCGGGAAUGGAGGUUAUCGGAAGAGAUGGCAAGCAGGCUUACAGAGUCAUCAGCGUCAGCAGCGCAAACCACCGUGUCGCGUCGGCAUGGGAGAGGUGGUACAGCAAUCCCACCCGCAAAUCGUCAGUCUUCAACAUCACCUGCAUCUAUAUCGAUUUUGACGGGAAGAAUAUUGGGCCAGUCACCAAGGUGUUUGACUUCAAACGGUUCGAGGGCGAGAAAGAGGUGACUUUACUGGAAGUCUAUCCGCUCCGCCUUCAUCCUGUCAAGCAGUCUGACUUUGAAGACUCGGUGUGGGAUGAAGUCAAGGCUCUCCCACCAGACCAACAGUAUCGACAGAAGCUGAUCCGCCGAGGAGCCAUGUUCCUCCAAGUCGCCGCCGUCAAGCACAUGUACUAUGUCGGGCCGACUUUGGAAGCACGAGAGGAUGUGGAAGGCCAAGUCGUCGUCGACUUUGAAACAGCCUUUUCUGUCGAAGACGAGACGCAGAAGGAAUGGAAGCCAGUGUUGCAGACGCUCAUCGGAAAUACUUCCGGCCAAGAUCAAGAUGACGACGACGAAAUGAGAACUUGCCGUGGGCUAUGCUGUGCCAGCGACUAUAUAUAUAAUGACUUCAACGUGGACGAGCAGCAGAAGACCGAGUACAUCAACAGUCUGCUGCCAAGCGUGACUUCUUUGAACGAGCAGCCUUCGAUCGCCAUAUUGCCACGGCCAUUGAGUGACCUGCGAGCUGGCAAUACGAACGCUGCUGUGGCUUCGGACGACGAAUUGGUCAUCAUGUCUUACCGCGUGUUUGGCUUCGUCCUGCGCAACCGGAAAUGGGCCAAACUGGAUCUCACCUACAUGACGGCCAUACACGCACCUGAUGUCGAAAACGUGCUGGCUGAUGAACAAACGCGCAACACCACCGCCAAUAAGAAGCAGAAGACGGCUUUUGAUAGCCUGGUCAUCAAAAAGGAACACAGGUCCAUGAUUGUGUCCCUUGUCGCCCAGCACUUCCGAGACAAGAAGUCGACAAGUGGACACCAGCAACAGUUUGACAUUGUCAAGGGUAAAGGCAAGGGACUCAUUAUGCUGCUUCACGGCGCACCUGGGGUGGGCAAAACAUCUACCGCCGAAGGAAUAGCAGAACUCUUCAAGAAGCCGCUUUUUCAGAUCACCUGCGGAGACCUUGGAACCACGGCAGCAGAAGUCGAAAAGGCGUUGGAAGUGAACUUUGCAUUGGCAAAUCGAUGGGAUUGCGUCCUUCUUCUUGACGAAGCCGAUGUAUUUCUGGCCGAGAGAACCAAAGAGGACUUUAAGCGGAAUGGACUGGUAGCAGUGUUCCUGCGUGUCAUGGAGUAUUACGCCGGCAUCCUCUUCCUCACAACGAACCGCGUUGGAGACUUUGACGAAGCCUUUACGUCCAGAAUCCACGUCAGUCUCUACUACCCAGAGCUAGACGCCGGAAACACUCUCGAAGUCUUCGACAACAACCUGGCCAUGAUCGAAGACCGCUUCGCAAAAAAGAACAGAGUCAUCAACAUUGACGGAUCUAGUAUCCGCAGCUUUGCAACCAAGCACUACUACGAACACCCACAAGCACGCUGGAAUGGCCGUCAAAUCCGCAAUGCCUGUCAAACGGCCUUGGCCCUCGCCGAAUACGAAGCUCAGGGCAACAGUCACGAGGCUAUUCUGAAGCCGGAUGCUGUGAUCAAUCUGAACGAGACACACUUCCAAAUCGUCAAGAAUGCCUAUCUUGAGUUUACACAUUACAUGAACACGCUCUACGGCACCGGGGCCGCUCAACGGGCCAAGGAGGGCAGGCUGCGAGCUGUCUGGAUCGACGAGAACAACUGCGUUGUCGACAGCGCUGGAAUGAGCCACAAAGGGCAAGACAAGAAGGCCGCUUUUCUCAAAGCAACACAAGGGCAGCAGCUACCACAACAGCAAGUAUUCAUGCCACAUUCCCCUCCACAGCCGCAGCAGUAUGUCCUCCAGCAAGCUCAGUAUGGUCAGGGUUUUCACCCUCAGGGACAGCAGGAUGUGCAACAGCAGCAAUUGUUUCAACAGAUGAGCAUUCAGCAGCAACAGCAGCAAUAUCAACAGCAGAAUAUCGCUGCUCCGCAGCCUGUCUAUCCUGGUUCCAACCAGAUGCAGACACCCCAGAAUCCUGGCACUCAAACUUGGCAUAACCAAGGCGAUAGUCCGGGUAGUGUUUCGUUGCAAGCAUCUACAACAGGACAGAGUCCCUUGCAGGUCCCCCGUUCAAUGCCGCCGCAACAGGCUUCAGGGGCUUACCCUUUGGCAGGGCAGCAGCAGCAGCCAAAUGUGCACCAAUUCGGUCAGAGUAUGCAGGGCAUGUACACGACGCCAUCUUCUCAGUAA